AUGAUUCAGCUGAUCAGAGCUCCAAUUAUAAUAUUACAAGAAACAAAGAUGAUGCAUUGCUCAUCAUGGGAUAUCAAACAGAUCUGUGGUUACAAGAAUAUUGGGUGGACAAUACAACAUUCGGUAGGAAAAUCCGGUGGCAUGUUAAUACUCUGGGAUAGAGAUUUUGUUGAAGUUGGUGAUUCCCUGGUGGGUGAUUAUACCUUAUCUAUUCACUGCUCAAAUAAAUUCGACAACUUCCAAUGGGUGCUCACUAAUGUCUACGGUCCUAAUAAUCCGAUCGAGAGGUCUGACUUCUGGAUAGAGCUUGAUAACGUUUGUCAUUAUUGGAAUAAUAUUCCUUGGUGUAUUGGUGGUGAUUUCAAUACAAUAACCAAGUGUGAUGAGAAAAAGCAUUGCAGUAGGAUUACAAGAAGUAUGCUGAAUUUCAACAAGUUUAUUGUUGAACAUGAUCUCAUUGACUUACCCCUAAAGGGGGCUAGAUUCACAUGGUCGAAUGGUCAAUCGAACCCAGUUAUGUGUCGAUUAGACAAGUUUCUUAUUUCGCCUUCCUUCGAACAACACUUCCCGUUUGUCUCUCAAUUAGCCAAAGCCAGACCUACCUCUGAUCAUAUUCCUUUACUCCUAGAUAUCUCAGAUCCUUCCUGGGGACCUAGUCCUUUUAGGUUUGAAGCCAUGUGGUUUUUGGAGAAUGGUUUCUUACAACUUUUGGAAGUUUGGUGCCUUUCCUUUUGUUUUGCAGGUACUCCUAGCACUGUGUUAUGGUUGAAGCUACAAGCACUAAAGGAGAAAUUAAAAGUAUGGAACAAGGAAGUUUUUGGCCACACCAAUACAAAGUUGAAUGCUAUCCUCUCUGAAAUUCAAACCUUGGACGGUCUUGCUGAGAACAAUAUCCUUUCUGAUGAUGAAUUGAGUGCACAGUUGCAACAUAAAUCCGACUUUGAGAAGAUUUCUAAGAUGGAAGAAAUCUCGUGGAAAAUCAAAUCAAAGACUAAAUGGCUUCAGGAAGGUGAUAGGAACACUAGAUUUUUCAUCAGCAAUGCUUCAGCUAGAAGAAGAUACAACAGAAUCAGGCAACUCUACAUUGGUAAUGAUUUGGUGUCUGAUAGAGGUCGGCUACAAACUCAUAUAGUGGACUAUUAUAAAACUCUCUUUACUGAAGAAGAAGUCAUAAGACCUAAUUUGGAAGGCAUCGAGUUUGACAGUAUUACUCCUAUGGAGUCGGAAAUUUUGGAUGUUGAUUUUUCUGAAGAAGAGGUUACACAGGCAAUUCGUGAUUUAGGCAGUGACAAGGCUCCGGGUCCUGAUGGUUUCCCUGUUCUUUUUUUUUGA